AUGAUGAAUUUUUCAACAAGUGAAAUAAGUAGUAAUCGAACAGAUUAUAGUAUUAUUGCUCCUAUAUCGAUGAUUUUUUCUGGAACUUCAAUUAUUAUCACUUCAUUUAUAUUAAUUAUUGUUCUAUUAAAAAAACAAUUACAUACCGUUACUCGUUUAUUAAUUUGUAAUACAUGUUUAGCAUCAUUAUUAUAUUGUAUUGUUCAAUGUAUAAAUUAUAUUUAUCUUUUAUUAAUAAAAUCUGAUAAAAGCAAUCAAUCAUGUCGAUGGCGUGGUUAUUUUGGAUAUAUGUCUAUAGUUGCUUUUAUUUAUUCUUAUGUAUUACAAGUUAUAUCACGAUUAUUUUUUAUUGUUUUCUAUACGAAAUAUCGAUGGUUAAUAACAUAUAGAAUACAUUCAUAUUUGAUUAUUUUUGGAUGGACAAUUAUUUUUAUUCUUCCAUUACCAGCAAUUUUAACAAAUAAUAUCUAUUUUCGUGAAGGUGAACUUUGUUGGGUAACAAAAGAAUAUACAUUACAUUCUUUUUAUAUUAUUAUUGCAGAUUAUCUAAUACCAAUUCUAUUAAUUAUUAUUAUGAAUAUUAUUAUAUUUAUUCGAAUUUAUUUAAGUAGAAUAAAUACGACAAUACAAUAUAAUAGAAGAAGAAAAGAACGUGAUUUUAGAUUAUUUUAUAAUAUAAUGAUAUCAUUCAGUGUCUAUUUUCUUGGAGGAGUGCCAAUUAUGAUCUACAUGUUUACAGAUAUUGAAUUUUUCUAUUCUAUAGGUGUUAUUUCUGUAACAUUUGCUGUAACAAUGGAAAAAUUAGUUUUAAUAUAUCUUGAUCGUGAAAUUCGAAAUCUUUUAAAAGAUUAUUUUUAUCAAAAUAACAUUAAAGUUACGCCAAUAAUAAUAUUCAAUGCUGCUCCUAUUAUUCAAUAA